AUGGCGGUGAGCUCGCGGUUUCCCUCCCAACCCGCGGCGCGCGUCCUCCUGCGGCGCACCCCGCCGCGCAUCCUCCCCGUCGAGCGCACGCCGCGCCGCCUCGCCCUGGUCGUCCCCGCCGUCUGCGGGGGGCCUGGACCGGGCGGAUCGCCCGUUCCCAGGCGCCCGCCACCGCCGGCGGACGCCGCCACCGUGGCGCCGACCUCGUCGCCGUCGUCGGCCGCCUCGGCCAUCGAUUUCCUCACGCUGUGUCAUCGCCUCAAGACCACCAAAAGGAAAGGAUGGAUAAACCAUAGCAUCAAGGGCCCUGAGUCUAUUGCUGAUCACAUGUACCGAAUGGCCUUGAUGGCUCUGAUUGCUGGUGAUCUGCCUGCUGUCGAUCGAGAAAGGUGUAUCAAAAUUGCUAUUGUGCAUGACAUUGCUGAAGCUAUUGUUGGUGACAUUACCCCAUCGGAUGGUAUACCUAAGGCUGAAAAAAGCCGGCGUGAACAGGCAGCUCUAGAUGAAAUGUGUGAAGUUCUUGGUGGUGGGCCAAUUGCUGAUGAGAUUAAAGAGCUGUGGGAAGAAUAUGAAAACAAUUCUUCUAUUGAAGCCAAUCUUGUAAAAGAUUUUGAUAAAGUGGAAAUGAUUCUUCAAGCAUUGGAAUAUGAGAAAGUUAAAGUAUUCCUGUUGAGUGCUGAAUAUUGUGAACACUCCAAGGGAGUAAACUGCCUUGUUGAUAUGAAAUGA